GGAUACACACACAAGCGGCAACGACGAGUCAGAGCAGUCGGUAACUGGCAGCACCGUUCUUUUUUUUUUAUAUAUCCCCGGUGAUUUAAUCAUGUGAGGGAACCGAAGACGCCUUUUAUUCUGAGGAGGUAGCCGACAGCGAGGCGCUGCUGGCGGGGAGGAGGAGUGCAGCGCGGCGGCGGGAGGGAGGCGACGGCCCCCGCAGUAUUCUAGCUAGCAACCAAAAAAAAACCCCACACCAACCCAGCAGGACUUCCGGGUUCAAAAGAAAAAAAUAAAAGCCUCCCACUGGAACAGGAUUCGUUUUCCUUAAAAACUUCCUGGGAACAUGCUCUCACGCGCACGCGCGUAACCAGCACCAGCGAAAGGAGCGAUGCGGUUUACGAGCUGCGCACUUUUAUUAAAUAAACGCAAGACUUGAGGUGCGGGAUAGAAACAAUAAAUAAAAGAAAGCGGUGCUGCUGCUUUUAUUUUGAAGUGGAGUCUGCCUGGGAUUUCCGGCCGUUACCUUGUCGCGAGCUUGACAGCAUACGAGGAACCGGAGGGAGGAGGGGUGUGAAGUUACAAAGGCUCCGGACAGAAACAAGAGCCCGCGGCUCCGUGUCGGACACCGGCGGCUCCUCCGUGUCACACCGGAGCUUCCCCCCGCGGAGAGGACGGUUUGCCCUUGAAGAUUACAACAAUGUACGGUCCAACACUGACAAACGAGGAGAAGCUCUCGUAGCUGGAGGAGGAUUCCCUGCCCUGACGUUUCCUCCUCCUCCUCCUCCUCCUCCUCUUCGUGCCUCCCCCCCUCGGGAGCAAUGACCGGACCCAAUUCCCCGAGCCGGGCCGGCACCUCCCCGGCCAAGCUGAGCCGGCACGGCCGCUCCAAGAGCACCAGCUCGCACUGCCUCCUGCGCUGCAGCACCCAGGAGGACUCCUCCGCCUCCCCCCCGAACAACUGUUCCCCCCGCUCCCCCGGUGAGGAGGAGGAGAAGGACGGAGGGGUCCUGUUCUACGUCAACCGGACGGGCUUCCCCAUCGAAGGCGUCACCUGGGAGAGGAUGUGGGCCCACGUGGCCGCCGUGCACCCAGAGGGCCAGGAGAUGGUGGACAGGAUACGAAACGCUGCCUUCCUCCCCAGGCAUCCCGUUCCGUCCGUCCCGACCUUCAGACCGUCCAUGUCGGUGCCCGACUGGCUGGUGGCCGUCCAGAACUACAUGAAGGCUCUGCAAUACAACCACACGGGAACCCAGUUCUUCGAAAUCAAGAAGAGCCGUCCACUGUGCGGGUUAAUGGAGACGGCAAGAGAGAUGAUCAGGGAGUCUCUGCCAAUCAAAUGCCUGGAAGCCGUCAUCUUGGGAAUCUACCUGACCAACGGGCUGACGUCUCUGGAACGUUUCCCCAUCAGCUUCAAGACCCAGUUUUCCGGCCACUGCUUCCACCACGUUGUGCUGGGCGUCUACUGCAACGGUCGUUACGGAUCGCUGGGCAUGAGCCGCCGCCAGGACCUAAUGGACAAACCGCUCACCCAUCGCACGCUGGGCGAACUGGUGGCCGAGUUCGAGAGCUCCUACAAGAGAUACCAGCACACUCUGAAGAAGGUGAAGAUUGGCCUGUACGUGCCUCAUGACCCCCACGUCUUCCAGCCAAUCGAAUGGAAGCAUUUGGUGCUGAACGCUGCCAGACUGGGAGCGCAGGAGAUGAGGAAGGAGCUGGAGAAGCACGGUAGAGACAUGAGGAUGAAGAUCCUGAAAUCGUCCAGCGCCCAGUCGCCAAUCAAAGAGCGGAGCCGGGGGAAGUCCUUAUCGCCACGGCGACGACAGGGCAGUCCCCAGCGUCGCUUCGCACACCGCAGAGACAAAUCUCCGGCCUCCGUGGAGCGGAAACCUCCGGAGCUCAGCACUCUCAACGACGGCUACCAGAUCCGCAUCUGAUCCCCUCUCUCUUCCUCCUCGUCUUCAGCUUCUCCACAUCCGUCCGGACGUCUCCAUCACCACCACCUCCCUGAUCCAAUAGGUGGAUGAUGACGGAACAGGUGCUUUCGCUGAGCUGCUUUGACGGGAAGGAAAGAGCUUCUUUUAAUCUCAGAGAGAAAAGGACAUUUCAUGCUCGGAAACAAACAAGCGGCUUCAUCAGAGCGGCCGCCGCUCUUUAAAUUCAACAUUUCCGUCGCGUAGCUGACACACGUCACCUCUGACGGAGGUGUGGGUUGAGAGGAAGCGACCGGUGGUCAGGAAUCGACGGUCGAGUGCCGCCGCGUACAAAUGAAAUGUACAUUUCAUAUUAUUAUCAUAUCAUUUCUGUGACCCCGCCCCCUCAGAGAAGAGCUAGAACGGGAAGUGAGAGAGAAGAAAGGGUUGAUGAGUUGUUCUCAAGCUACCAAGUCGUUGCAAAAGACAUGACUGAGAAAAUAUGAAUUUAUUGAUGAUGUAAAAAGAGAAAUACGAGCAGAAUCAAUCUGCAGAGACGUGUUUUCUGUCCGUGGUCAGUUCUCCAACGUGGCGGUGGUUCAGCGAGGCCCGAGAACCAAACAGCCCGCUCAUCAUCCCUCUUCUCUUUUUGCUCGACCCCUCGUGGCUUUUCACCUCCAGGGUCAAAAGAUCGUCGAAGAAAUGAGUCGACCGCGGUUGUUACGUUGAGUAAGAUGACGAAGGAGAUUUCAAGCAGAGUUCAGAAUAAGGAAGACGUUCCACAGCGUUAUGCAGGGAAAUCAAAGACGGGGGAGUCGAUGAGAGUUUCAGGAAGCAGCAGAGAGAAGAGAGAGGAGACGAGUCACUGCAGAAGAUCAGAGAAGGAUCAUUAUAGAGCACUGCGGCAAACCUCUUCCUCUCCCUCCCUCCCUCCCUCCUCCUCCUCUUCCUCCUCCUCCUCCUCCUCCUCCGUCCACACUCGCACAGAAACUGAAUACACAAACCACAGCUCUGUUUCCAUCCGAGCAAACUCCUCCAGCUGAAAGAUGAUCCCACGAACUGAUCCGUCUGGUUAUCGCUUAUCGCCGCUUCAUCAGCUCUCGCAGCGGAAAUCAUCGAUCGCUAGUUAUUAAACGUGAAACCUGAAAGAAUGAGAGCGAGAGAGAGAAAUGGAAAUGUCAAACGUUUCGUCCUUCUCUCCGACCGUCUUUUUCUUGAAACUCUUUUCGUCGACUCGAUCCGCAGGGAAGGAAGAAAUAAUAAAGGGGCGCUGCUUUAGAUUAGAAAUACGAAAAGAUAUAGAAUCAACCACAAUACGAAUCGUCCCGACUUCCUGUUCCAAAAUCCAAUCUCGAGUGAUCUCGGGAGCAAAGUUAGCAGAAGGCCGGCGGCCUUGUUUCUCACGUGUGGACCGAGCUCCGCUGUAGCCACGGUAACACGGUGAUGGGUGAAAAAUAAAAUCAAACGACGAGCUGCUCAGAGAUCGGCGGCAGACGUCUGUCGACCGGCCGAACGCUCUGUAACAUGAACCUCGUCCGGGUCACGUCUAAGAGCAAAGAGGGGAGUCAGCGGCACCAAGUGGCCUAUGAGAGUCUGUUCAGCACUGUAUAAGGAUUGUCCCGGGAAAAACCCAAUCAAAUCUAAAGGGAUUGUUAUUUUUUGGGGCUCAGAAGCGCGAGGUCUCACGUGUCCGGUAUGAUCUUAACACCAGGGAUGACAGAAGUGAAGAAAUGCUCAAAUAUAUCAUGUAUCAAACCAGAUCACUCGACAGAAACGGAAAGCAUAUAUAUAUGUAUAUAUAUAUACAUAUAUAUAUGUAUAUAUAUAUAUAUACAUAUAUAUAUGUAUAUAUAUAUAUAUAUAUACAUAUAUAUAUGUAUAUAUAUAUACAUAUAUAUAUGUAUAUAUAUAUAUAUAGAGACAGGUCGUCAGAACAACGUUCAACAUACGUGUAUGUGAAGUGUACGUGUUUGUCCCAUCCACAGAUGCACUGUACUAAGUUUGAAUCCUUCAGUCUCUUUUAAUCAGACAAAUAUACUGUAUCACUGCAGGCCCCUGGUGCCUUGCUCAAGGGGCAUGUCGAUGGCAGCCAAUGGGCGUUCACACCUAGAGCUCAGCAAACGUUCGCGUCGCGUUACUCGCGCACGUUCGGCCAGAGGAUCAUUUGUGUUUGUGUGAGUUCUCUGUCAGCGACAUGUCACAUGAAUAUUGCGCUCAAGUUAUUAUUAAUAUUUCAACUCAAUAUGAUCUCUAUAUAACCUCAUCGAGCGAGAAAUUAGCUUCGCCUUUGGUGGUGUCAGAUUAAAUCCCCCAAUUUAGUUUUUUAAAGUCUAGCGCGCCAAGAGUUCGGCUGCUUAGAACCGAACUGACGACGACUGACUUCUGCAGUUUUCACCUGAAGGAUCAACGUGGAAAAAAGUGAACGUGUUUUCCCCCAGAAAACGUUUGACUUUGACUCCGCUUGAGCGAAGACGAUCGAAAACACUAGUCUGUCUGGUUUCCAUCAGCGGGAGUCCUUUCGCAGGGUCCGGGUCCACGAUGGUUUCAUUUGAUCGUUUUGUCGCUUCUCUUUGAAUGUUUCUCGCUAGCUGGCCUAGCCUGUUGUGUCCGAGCACCGGGCGCCACGAAGAAGCCAAAUCGCAAGUCUUCCAGUUUCGAACGGCGGUGGACGGCGUUCGCGUCUCGGUCUACGCAACAACAAAAGGAUUAUCAAACGCCAUCUGCGCAGUAAUAAGUCUCGUUCAUCGAGAUGAAUUCUACCACAACACCGAUUCACGGUGCUGUGAGGAAACAGAAGAGUAGAAUCUUAUUUUUGUUGUUGUUUUUUUACGUGUUUGCGAUGUUUGUCCAUCAGUUCCCCAGAGGCCGAGAUCGGAACUGUCACGUCUCCGAACUCCGGCACAGAGCGAGCGAGCAGCGAGCAGCGAGCAGCGCCACACGAGGAUAUUUGUGGUGAUGCUUUGUAGCGGCCUCGGGACGUUGUUAGCGUCCGGGGGGAAAGAAGAAGCACAAAGCCGCUUUGCUGUCGAGUCAUUUUUGAGUCGUGGACGAACAAACGCGUUUGGAACUGAUGCGUUUUCCUCCAGAAGAAGUGACGUAUCCUGGAGAAGUUUUCUUUCUUUUGUUCGUGUAUUUCUUUUGGAACUGUACAGUUUCCAAGGGCCUAAACUUUCACUAAUGUCUCCGGAUGCACAAACAACCAUGAAGACUAAACUUCCUCGACUUGCUCAGUGGCGACUGUUACACAAAAAAAUGAAAAAGAAAUAAAUCAUCAACCAGAAAGCGUGAUGAAUGAAAUGUAGCAACUGAGAAAUGUUUCAGUGAUGUAACGGAGACGUCUGCGCUUGACAAUUUAUAUUAUUGAAUGUUUGUUUUUUUCAUAAGAUUAUCGUUGGAAUUUUGCAUUUUUUUUAAUUUGGCUUUGAUUCAUUGAUUGUAAAUUAUGAUUUUGAAUGAAAAGCAAGAUAUUAUUUUUUUAAACGCCUUGUGUUUGUAGCAGGUGUUUGUUUUUUUUAAAUAUCUUUUUUUUUUUAAAGGCCUUUGAUUCCAAAGUGCUGAACCAUGUUUUCUCAACUCCGUCCUAAACUCACUGUACUGUACGAUUUACUGUAGAUGUUACAGAUGUUAAAUCUGACGUGAACACGGAAACUUUUAACUGGACACUAAAGAUCUAGAAUCUUGCCCAUUUUUUUUUUUUGGAGCAGCAAUUUCGCCAAUAUAUGAUUUAUGAGUUUAAAUAAAAACCCUUGUUUAUGAGUCCAUCACCUUAUGGAAACGUUAAAUUUCCAGAUGACUUCAUGUCCAAUCUAGGUUGCUAAUCAAAUCCCAAAGUGCAACAUAUGAUUACAAAAUUGAAAACAAUUUUAAAAAAUUGCAGGACCAAAAACAAAAAGUUCAAAAUUUGUAUUUAUUUUUGUAAAAAAAUACAAAUGUUCUUACUUCCCCUAAGAGCUGAACCAAAUUCAGGGAACUCAUCUGAAAUUAGAGAACAAAGAAUUGAUGGAUAUGAAAUAUUGUGUGCACGUGAAGCUUCCAGUGCCUCAGCAGCGUUUAUCAUAUCAUGAAAAUUAAUCUGUGAUUUUUUCGGGGGUCUUUGCUGUUGCUGAUCCCAUCACAGCUUUUUUUGCUGUUUUUUUGCUAAGCCGACGUUCACGCUCACAACUGUUCCCUUCCUGUUUGUGGUUUUUCUUGUUCAGAUUUUCAUUUUAUGACGACAAAGAGUCGCUUCGCUGCCCGGAACAAAAGGGACGAACACACGAAAACGACACUGUAACAGUAUUGAGCCGACAGACCGGACUGAUGAACAGACACAUGAAAAUAUUAAUGAGUAUAAUAAUUUUUUAUGGCGCGCUGUUUGUGGAGUGUGUUUCAUCUUUCCUGCGUGAGAUUACGGUGUGGUUUUGUAAACCUGUGGAAAUAUAGAUGAUGGAGAUGUGAGCCCCCCCCCAGUCAAUAUUAAUAUCUGUUACAGUAUCAGUGUCUGACAGCAGCUGUUUUUAAUCAACGACUGAAGCAGCAUGUGUUCUUUUAAUAAAUGAUCUAUGUUUUUAAA